CAUGGAUGUUGCCCACUUUUGCUUUCUAUGUUCUUUAUUUGUAUGCAACUACGCUGCUUCGCCGCCCAACUUUGUGCUCAUUUUCGCCGAUGAUUUGGGUUUUGGCGACCUGGGGUGUUACGGACAUCCUAGCUCUUUGACCCCCAACCUGGACCGACUGGCGGCGAGGGGGCUCCGCUUUACGGACUUCUACAGCACCAGUCCUGUCUGUAGCCCGUCCAGGGCAUCACUAUUGACAGGCCGCUACCAGACCCGCUCAGGGAUCUACCCCGGGGUCCUGUAUCCUGGCUCAAUCGGUGGUCUUCCAUUGAACGAGACCACCAUCGCCGAGGUGCUGAAACCUCUUGGCUACGCCACAGCCGUGGUAGGGAAAUGGCACCUGGGCGUGGGGGCCAAUGGAAGGUUCCUUCCGACCAGGCAGGGCUUUGACGAGUACCUGGGGAUUCCGUACUCCCACGACAUGGGUCCAUGUCACAACCUGUCAUGCUUUCCGCCGGAUGUCAAGUGCUUCGGAUUGUGCGACGUCGACACGGUGGCGGUCCCGCUGAUGCACGACGAGGUCAUCAAGCAACAGCCCGUUAACUUCCUGGAUCUGGAACGGGCUUACAGUGACUUCUCCACCGCUUUCAUCGCCGCAGCGGCCGAAAAGGACCAACCUUUCUUCCUCUACUACCCUUCCCAUCACACCCAUUACCCCCAGUAUGCAGGCCCGGGGGCUGCUGGGAAGACUUCAAGGGGUCCAUUUGGAGACGCUCUGCUGGAGUUUGACAACACUGUGGGAAACCUGCUGGCUACAUUGGAGAAGACCGGCGUGAUCAACAACACCCUGGUCUUCUUCACCUCGGACAACGGGCCUUCAUUAUUUCGCAUGGCCCGCGGAGGUAACGCGGGGACUCUGAGAUGCGGCAAAGGCACCACGUAUGAGGGCGGCAUGAGAGAGCCAGCCAUCGCCUAUUGGCCCGGCAUGAUCACGCCAGGUGUGACCCAGGAGCUGGCCAGCACUCUGGACAUCCUGCCCACCAUCGCCGGGCUCGCUGGAGCUAGAGUGCCCCCUGUGGUGCUCGAUGGUGUCGACAUGGCCGACAUCCUUUUCAACCACGGAAAGAGCAAAAGGGAGAGCAUGAUGUUCUACCCCACUGAUCCUAGUGAAGAAUGUGGCCUGUUUGCUCUUCGCCUGGGGAAGUACAAGGCUCACUUCUACACACAAGGCUCCAUCCACAGCACCACCACCCCAGACAAAGAGUGUUCAACAUUCGUCUUGCGGAAGCAUCACGACCCCCCGCUUAUCUUCCAUUUGGACGCCGACCCGUCUGAGCGGUACCCUCUCCCGCUGGACGGCCAGCCGGACAUGCAGGAGCUGCUGGAGAGGAUGAAGAGAGUCAAGGAAGAGUUUGAAGGCUCCAUGUCGUUUGGGGAGAGUCAGACCUCCAAGGGAAGUGACCCCCAGCUGGAGCCUUGUUGUAAUCCACAGUGCAGUCCCAAACCCAGCUGCUGCCACUGCUGACAUCAAUGCAGGUCUCAUGGACUCCUGGGACACGAAGACGUGGCAAGCGAACCUGCUCAGCAUGGGGUGCUUGGUGAUGAAGCCAAAGUAGCUGAAGGGGAACAGAUGGAGAACAAUGUCAGAGCAAGUCCACCUGAGGGCAGAAGGUAGGUGGAGUACCAGUUGUUCUUUGGAUGGCAGCCGCAGAAGGAGAUGUUCUUCAUUUGGAAGAAGUGACUACAUCGGUCAAACUGACGGUGGAGACAAGGAACAGGAUUAACUCCUACAUGAAAUCAGACUAAACAUUCACACAUUGGAAGAAGUGACUACAAGGAACAGGAUUAACUCCUACUAAAUAUGCAUACUGGUGUAGUUUGUACUAAUGCCACAAGAUGGCAGUAGCUGCAUUUCAAGUCGACCACAAUACAAAUGGCACAUUUUCAAAUUGUCCAAAGUAGUCCCAGACAUGAUAAAAGUAGGAAUCGUUCGUUAUAAAUGUGGUCAAUGAAAAGGACUUGGAUGGAUGCUCACUAUGAGGUUGAACAUGUUCUGGUCGUGGUGUUAGUUUAUUUGGACCAUGCAUAGUUGGAAAACAUGUUGCUCGUUACAUGUCCGAAAAGGAGUAGGAAGAAGCCGAAUUGAUUGAACCCUUUUUCAGUUCCGCGGCAGUUGCAAACACGUUUGUUUGUUCACUUCCACAAAUACGUAAAUAAUAUCAAAUAGAUACAAGUAAAUAAAUAAAGACAUUUCUAAUAAGGUUGUCAUUAUAGAUGUCCGAUAAUAUCGGACUGCCGGGAUGCUACAAUAUACACCCCCACCUCAACCUCCUCAUGCUCUCUCAGGGAGAGCAUGUCCCAAAUUCCAAGCUGCUGUUUUGAGGCAUGUUAAAAAAAAUAUAUGCACUUUGUGACUUCAAUAAUAAAUAUGGCAGUGCCAUAUUGGCAUUUUUUUCCAUAACUUGAAUUGAUUUAUUUUGGAAAACCUUGUUACAUUGUUUAAUGCAGUGGUCCCCAACCACCGGGCCGCGGCCGGCAAGAAUUUAAAAAAAAAAAAAAAAAAAAAGUUUUUUUUUUGUUUUUUUUAUGAAAUCAACAUAAAAAACACAAUAUAUACAUUCUAUAUCAAUAUAGAUCAAUACAGUCUGCAGGGAUACAGUCCGCAAGCACACAUUUUAUCGGCCGAUAAAUGCUUUAAAAUGUAAUAUCGGAAAUUAUCGGUAUCGGUUUCAAAAAGUUAAAUGUAUGACUUUUUAAAACGCCGCUGUACGGAGUGGUACACGGACGUAGGGAGAAGUACAGAGCAGUUGUUGCGUCUCCCAGUCAUACUUGCCAACCCUCCCCAUUUUCCCGGGAGAGUCCCGAAUUUCAGUGCCCCUCCCGAAAAUCUCCCGGGGCAACCAUUCUCCCGAAUUUCUCCCGAUUUCCACCCAGACAACAAUAUUGGGGGGUGCCUUAAAGGCACCGCCUUUGCGUGCCGGCCCAGUCACAUAAUAUCUACGUUUUUUCACACACACAAGUGAAUGCAAGACAUACUUGGUCAACAGCCAUACAGGUCACACCGAGGGUGGCGGUAUAAACAACUUUAACACUGUUACAAAUAUGCGCCACACUGUGAACCCACACCUAACAAGAAUGACAAACACAUUUCGGGAGAACAUCCGCACCGUAACACAACAUAAACACAACAGAACAAAUACCCAGAACCCCUUGCAGCACUAACUCUUCCGGGAUGCUACAAUAUACACCCCCACCUCAACCUCCUCAUGCUCUCUCAGGGAGAGCAUGUCCCAAAUUCCAAGCUGCUGUUUUGAGGCAUGUUAAAAAAAAUAUAUGCACUUUGUGACUUCAAUAAUAAAUAUGGCAGUGCCAUGUUGGCAUUUUUUUCCAUAACUUGAAU